UCUCUCUCCCUCUUUGACUCUCUCUCUCUCUGCAUCAUGUCUGCUUCAUCGGAUUCAAGAAUUCUGAAAAUAGGCAUAGUAGGCUUUGGCCCCUUCGGCCAGUUUCUGGGAAAGACCAUGAUCAAACAAGGCCAUAUUCUAAGGGCAACUUCACGGUCAGAUUACUCUGAACUCUGUGCCAACUCGGGUAUCUCAUUCUUCAGGGAAGUAGGUGCAUUUCUUGAAGCCGAAAAUGAUGUCAUUCUGAUAUGCACAUCAAUCCUAUCUCUACAAGAGGUUCUCAAAUCAAUGCCAUUCCAUCAUCUGAAACGGCCAACACUUUUCGCAGACGUACUCUCAGUUAAAGAGCAUCCAAGAAACGUUCUAUUGCGAGUACUGCCACAGGAGUAUGACGUGCUUUGCACUCACCCUAUGUUUGGACCAGAGAGCGGGAAAGAUGGGUGGAAGGAUCUAAACUUCAUGUACGAGAAAGUUAGAAUAAGAAAUGAAGCUAUCUGCUCAAGCUUCCUCCAAAUUUUUGAAAGCGAGGGUUGCAGAAUGCUCAAAAUGUCUUGCGAAGAACACGAUAAAUUGGCUGCUAGAAGCCUGUUUUUAACUCAUACCAUUGGCAGGGUUCUGUCAGAAAUGGAGAUCCAGUCCACAUCUAUAAACACAAAGCGCUUUGAAACACUUGUUCAGUUGAAAGAGGGCACCAUGAACGAUAGUUUUGAUCUGUUCAGUGGGUUAUUUGCACAUAAUAGAUUUGCCCAGCAAGAGCUACAAAACCUUGAACUUGCAUUGCAGAAAGUUAAACAGAAGCUGAUAGAGAAGAUGAAUGAGGAGAAGGAUUUGAACGAUUCUAAAGACGUGGAGUACUCUCAUUAAGAAAGAUGUAUUAAUAGAUAUUGCUUCAAGCUAUUUUCUUGUAUUUGAAGGAUAAGCUUUGAAGGAUAAUCUAAACCUUUUAUUUUUGGGGGGUAUAAGUAAUGUAAUAUUUUAUUAA